UUGAACGCUAUGUCAGCCAUUGUUGCGCAUGAGCGAGGUUCGUUUACUCACAACCCACAACAUGGAUUCGGAAUUUUAUGGAAUCGUUACUAGUAUCAUAAUUAUUAGUCUACGUUGAGCCUAUUAGUGGUUAAACUUCCACAAGUUGUCUUCCUUGCAUUGUUCCGUCGUUGUCAGCGUGUAAAAAGCGAGAUUUUGUUUUUAGCGAAGAAAUGUACGUUGGUAUGGAUUGUUCCCGCGAGCACAAACGCUUUGCGGCUUUGUGGAGGUGUUUUUACCCGCAGUUAUCUCGUUAACUGAAGUGAAGUGAUUGUGGUAUUGUUAAGCCGCAAAAUGCCAUCUUCCAGUAUCCCGGUUCCAGAUAGGGACCUAGGAAAUUCUCCAUCUUCGCGGAAAAGCACGAUGGAGGAUUUACGGAGACACAACAACAAGCUGAGGUCGGAUUUGGAGGCCGAGCGAACGAAGGUUCGUCAAGUUUUACGUGACAAGUCUGCAGAAAUAAAGAGAAUUCAGGACAAUUUUGAGAAGGAGAAGCAAAAAGCGAUCGAGCUUGCAACGAAGCGACUGUCAAACGAGCAUGCGGCAGAGCUCAGGAAAGUCCGCGAGAAUACGGCAAGAGAGAAAGAUAACGAACUACGACAAGUUCUCAAGUUCAAGGAAGAAGAAGUUAAAACGAUGAGGCAACAAAUCAGCGACGAAAAGGAGAAAAACAGACAUGCCGAGGAAGAAUUGAGAAGGGUUUUAGUCGAUCGGAGUAAAGAAGGAGACGACCAUACUGAAGUGGAACGAAAAUUACGGAGCGAAAUCGCUUUGCUCAAGGAACAAAAACAUAAAGCGGAGGAAAUGUAUCGAGACAAAUCUUUGGCUGAUAACGAAAAAGCUGAACUCAUAAGACGUAUGAGAGCCGAUCACGAAAUCGAGCUUCAGAAAUUUGUAAAGGACUCUAAGCGUGAAUCAAUCCAUAGUUUACAGCAAAGGAGGUUGACUGAAAAAGCGUUAGAAGAGAAAGCGCACGAGUUAGCUUAUAAAGAUCAUUUAGCAAGGAAACUUGAAGCUGAAAAGGAUCACCUCCAAAGACGAUUAUCUCAGUCUGGAGACCUGGAAACAUUGCGGCGAUCAACUCUUCGAACUAGCGCUUCGUUUGAUCCAGGUCUCAACGAACGUUUAGAAGAAAGCCCUCUUGUGAAGAAAGACAAAGAGAGAGAAUUAAAGAAGAAAAAUGCAGAGUUACAAUCAAAGAUGGAAAACCUGGAGAAAAAGUGUGCAGUAUUAGAGAAAGAGGCAUCAAAGAGUGGCAACUUGAAAGCAACAUUCAUGGCAGAGGAAAAGAUCAAGAAACUGAAGAAGAGGAACACUGAGCUGGUAUCCAUUGCACGGCAACUUGAAGACAAGGCAAAGAAACUUCAAGAGGAAAAAGCUACUGCUCAAAAAUUAGCUGAGGAAAACAGCUCCAACAAUGCAGGUGUGGAACACAUGAAGAAGAUGUAUGCAAGACAGAGGGCUAAAGAUCUCGCUGAACAUGCAAAAUCAUUACUGUCUAAAGAGAAGGAACUAGAUGAACUGAGAAAGCAGAUUUUAUCACAACAGAAUGACCAAGUUUUUCCGAAGGCAAAAGUAGAAGAACUUCAAUCAAUCAUACGUCAGUCAGCCAAGGAGCGAUUGUGGUUGGAGAGACAAAUUUCAAAUGGCAAUUCUCCUCGCUCACCCAGUCCUCAAGUCUUGGCAGGAGAUCUGGCAGCAGACAUCAAGAAAAAGACAGAAAGGCUUAAAAUGUUAGAAGAUGAGAACAACAACUUGAAGUCUUCAAUGACACAACUACAGAAGGCAGAAGCUGAAAGUUUGAAACUGGCUGAGGAACUCAAGGAGAAGGAGAAAGAAAACCACAAGCUUGUGAAUGACUUGGAGGAAAAACAGACAAAAUGCUCCAAACUGGAACAUGAAAGAGAAAGAUUUGCUGCCAAAUGUACAAUGCUUCAGAAGAAGAACGCUGAAAUGAGCAAGAGGAUGGCUGAAUUGGAAGAGAUGGAAGAGGAGUUUGGUAAUUUGAAGGAAAAGCUAGAAGUUUCUGAAGUGAAGUGUGGCUUGCUGACAGAUGAAUGUAACAAAUUAAAACACCAGUUGGAAGGACUUCUUCAAGUCAAGGAGGAUCUAAAGGCAAUGGAACAACAAAAGAAGAUGAUAGAAAAUGAACAUCUUAGCAGUCUUGAAAAGCUUAAGGAGAGAGAAGAGGAGAUUAGACAACUCCACAAGAUCCAGGAAGAGGCCAAUCGAGCUCACGAGAUGGCUGUGACGUCAUUAGAAGACACGGUGCGUAGUUUGGAGCAGAAGUGUAUUGAUGCUGAAGAGAACAAUAUCAACCUGAAGAAAGAGAUGGAGGAACUGAGAGAACUGGAAAAAGCCAGUAUCAAGAAAAAAGGAGAAAUCUCUCACAAAUCCACUCAGACCACAUUAGAAACAUUGAACAGGGAAAUUCAAACUGCAUUGGAAAAUGAAGGUAAAGGUGUUAAUGGCCAGCCUUCACUUGGUGUAAGUCUCUCUCCUCACAAGCCUUCCAGUAAAGCUAAAAAUGUCUUAUCCCCUGACAUCACCCCGACCAAAUCUGUUGUAUCUGAAUCAAAGGUAGAGUCUCCCCACAUCUCCCUUGUGAAACAAAAACCUGAAAUGGAAGUGAAGCCAAGUGGUAAGAGUGCAGCAGAGUCAGCAUCUGGGUCAGAAGAUAUCUUGGAUGCGCUUGCUUUAAGGAUUGAUCAGCUGGCGGCAUCUGAUAGUGAAGAUGAUUUAUUUAGCGAAAAAGCAUAUGAAGACCAAAUGGAUGAUGUCCAAGAAGAGAACAAAUCCAACAAGAGACCUGAACUGGAUCUCAGUGACUUAGCUCAGCGCAUUGAUCAAGUAGCAAUCGGUGAUGAAAGCAGUAGCUCGAUCAGUACAAGAGAAAGAGGGUGCAGUGAUGCCAGUCAGGAUUUGACAAGCAUGGCUGAGGGAGAUAUGGGUGACCUGGAGGAUAAUCAGCCUGAUAGCUCUGCUCCUGAGGAUGAGCAGGUUGAACACUCUCCACAUCAACCCAUUGGUACACUGAAUGUGCAUAUUGCCAAGCCUAAUGAACAGAUGUCUGCAGUAGACAGCAACAAACCAAGUGCUGAUGAGGAGGGACUUGACAAUAGAUAUCUGGAGGGCGAUUACAGUGAAGUGGAUCCUGCCAUACUUGAAAAGCUGGCAGUGUAUAUAGCGAGAUACAGUUAUGACCCCGUGCAGCAUUCACCCAAUGAAAACCCCGAGAUGGAACUAGCAUUCCAGGCUGGGGAUUAUCUGUAUGUGUUUGGUGAGAUGGACGAGGAUGGGUACUUUUUGGGUGAACUGAUGAGCGGCCAAAGAGGACUUGUGCCCUCCAACUUUGUUGAGAAAGUUGCAGAUGAGAGUGAGAUGAACUUAAUGAUGAAUGGCACAGGAGAAGGAAUUGAUGAAAUUGUAGACAGCAGUGAUGAAGAGGAAACAGAUGAAGAAGAAAGCAUGUCCGAAGAUGGCGAGACACAACUCGCGCUACUGGGAGAAAACGGCGAGCGUCAGAUGAAACCCGUCAGAAUGCUUAAAUUUUCCGGUAAACUUCAUCGUGCGUUACGCUUGUCAGUGGAACAUAUACCCGAUAGUGGAUUACAAGACAUCCAAGAAGAAGAUGAAGAAGGCGUGGAGGAACACGUAGAGGAAGAAAUAAACUCAGAAGAUGAACUUGAUGAAGAGGACGGAUCGAGAGACGCCAUGUUGAACCAAGAUGGCGUGACAAGUGAUGAAAAUGAUAUUGAACCUUUCAGGGUUCCAUCUCCCAGGCGGCUUCACCUUGAACGUCAGUUUACACAGAGCGUGCUCCUGAGUUGGAAGCCCGCUGACCUGCCUGCAGAUCAAGUGAAAGGGUACGGUGUGUAUGCCAACGGAGAACUACGGCUCAUGAUCAAGGGAGCAAGUAAAACCAAGGCCCUUCUGGAGGGCAUUGACCCCGAGGAGACGUAUCGGAUAUCCGUGAGAACUAUAACAACCAAAGGAGAGGAGUCAUCUGAUCGUUCGGCUGUGUUAACUGUCGGCAAAGAUGCUAACUUCGCUCCAAGCCACGUGCAUGUCACGUGCGUCUCUCCGACGUCCGCCAAGAUCGAGUGGUCACCAGGCAACAGCUCGUUCAGUCACGAGAUUCUCUUAGAUGGCGCCCUUUACAGGACAGUGCGCCCUGGCACAUUCCAGCACACGAUAACUAACCUCGAACCAGACCAGUUGUAUAAGGUCCAUGUUCGUGCUAAGGACCCUAAGCGAGUGUUGGAUCGUGACAGUGAACCCGAUAUUGAGUUUGAUCUUUUGACAGUGGAGGAAGAGUUCAGAACUGAGCCGGGUGGUCUUCCAGACCCACCUCUAGACGUCGAAGUCGUGGUAGGUCACUCGAACUCACUCGACGUAAACUGGAUUCCAGUGACUAUUACAGAGAAGGGAACUUCAAACGGGGCUCGCGUGACAGGAUACAAAGUGUACAUCAAUGAUUUUCCCUGCACUGAGGUCACGUCACCCACAGCGGAUUGUGUGACAGCUGUGUCGUGGAUGGUCGAGCGUGCGGCCAAGAGGAGUCACAGCGAUGCUCUUCGUGUUGUCGUUAGAACUCAAUCGUGCGAAGGAGAGUCGCCUGAUUCUAAUGAAGUUGUUCUGCCUAUUGAUAAGUUUAACUUCAAAGUAAAUCAGGUUAUAAAACCCAAAGGAGCAGAAUCGCUUGCUCAGAGAACAGACUUGACGCCUGAAGGCUCUACUGAAGAUCACGAUGAUCAAGACGAUUCAACACACGUGGCAAACGGUGUUUCGGUUUCUGACGUGCCGAGAGAACGAUCUGAUAGUGUGAGGCGGUUCAGCCGAGAUGAAAACGGCCAACCGCUGUUAGUUGUAGUAGAAGAGACUCCUAAACAAACAAACGUUGCCAUGGACUACUUAAGCCCGCUAGCGCAGCCUCGGACUAAGGGAGAACCGGUCGUGUGGAAAUACGAGGCCGGGGAUGAAUCGGAAACUGCCGAGAGCGUUACGAAGAGUGACGGAAGAGCGUCCGAAGACGAAGAUGACGAAGAAGUUGAGAUUUGUAUUCCAGAUGUUUCGGAAGAUCAAGCGCCAUCUGCAGAGCAGGAAGCGGACGUGAAUGGGGAAGAACAGGGCUAUCAACUUCUUGAAGAGGAGGAUAACGAAGAUGAGGAAAACGCGGAGAUUCCCGAAGACGCGCACAAUUUUGACGAGGAAGUAGGUGUGCUUGCGGACGAAGAGACAUCAGAAAUGCAAGAAGAGGAACUGCAGAGGAGUAGAAAGGAGAGCGACUUGUCAGUGACAAGUGAUAUCGAUAUGGAUGAACUUGAGCGGUCAUUAGAAGAGGCACAGAGGAUUCCACGAAGCAGUCCUGAGGGGAAAGAGAGCGAAGAUAAAAAGCCAUUUAUUCGACCACUGGAAUACGACGAGAGUGAUUUUGAGGAUGACUCGAGCGAGCAAACACCCCUCUCUAUCAUUCAGGAAGAGGAUGAGGAAGAUCUGUCCGAAUCGGUACCUUUUCCGAGCAACAUCUCGCGAUCUCACUCGGCUUCCGAAGGGUUCGAGAGCGACGAUGACGUCAUGGAUUUGCUUGAAGAAGACGAGCCGACGGGUCAAGGCAUGAACUUCGGUAGUGUUCGUAAAAUUUCGCAAACCGAAAGAACUUCCGUGCAGAACUCUCAGCCCGACGUUGAAACGUCGGACGGUAUGGGCUUCGGAAAAUACCUAGCGCAGAGUAGCGAGCAGCCGAAAGUUGACGCUUCUCUUGAUAGCAUCAGACUUGAAGAGGACCAGAGUGAACUGGGUGAAAAUGACGGCUUAGAACACACAUACAGUGAUACAGAGGCUGACCACGGUGGAGUCGAGAGGAGUUCGACUCCUCUUGAUGAUGAACAGGGGAUGGAGCAGCAGGAGGAAGCACUUCGCCGUCCUGUUUACGACGAGACUGCACCGGCAACAGAAAGGCAGGCUCCUUGUGAUGAGGGGUACGUCGGUGAAAUGGCCCCAGGGGAACGAGUGCGGGUGUUUUUAGCUCUUUAUGAUUACGACCCCUCCACCAUGUCCCCAAAUCCUGAUGCUGAAGAGGAAGAACUGGCAUUUAAUGAGGGAGACCUUAUUAAGGUGUACGGGGACAAGGACGAAGAUGGUUUCUUCUGGGGUGAAUUAAACGGCCAAGCGGGUUACAUUCCGUUUAACAUGGUGUCAGAAAUUGAACUGGAGGAUGAAGAAUCCGUCAGCAAUGUAACCACUCCUUCUGUAAAUGUUACCCAAGAAUCGACCCAGCCCCCUGAGGAGAGUCCCAGCCAAGAGCCAGAAGCCGUCCCCAGGCCCUCUGAAAACUUGCUUGAAGAGGUCAUACUGGAAGAAAACGAAUUUGACGACCCGAGGGAGAGCGACAACUAUCAACUGCCUCCCAGACGAAUGGUUGCGCUGUUUGAUUACGAUCCACAGACUUUGUCGCCCAACCCUGAUAGUGAGGUAGAACUGAAGUUUAGGGUUGGAGAUGUUAUCUAUGUGUACGGUGACAUGGACGAGGAUGGCUUCUUCUCGGGUGAGCUCCGUGGAGUGCGCGGUUUGGUUCCCUCGAAUUUUCUUGAAGAUUUGUCCGAUCCAGAUGACGUUCCCCACCAUGACAACAGCAAUGACAGCGAUGUAACAGAAUCUUCCAUGGGUUCUUCAGACAAGUAUAGCUCCCUAAAUGGUACUCAUCACGUGACAGAGGACACGCCUAAGAAGAAAAAAGGAAUCUUUUCCAAGGGAAAACAAAUGUUCAAGAAGAUCGCAAAGGGUCACAACUCACCGCGGGGAAACAGUUCCAAGAGAUAGCGCUGUUAGUCGAAUUCUGCUGAUUAAAUUAUUCACAAUCGUUUGUACAUUAGUGAUCUGAAUGAACGAAAUUUAGUUUUAUAGCCUUUAGAGAAUUGUAUUUUGUAUCCGGGUUACAUUUUAUUCAGUGUAAAUGGAAAUACAGCUGUAAAUGUGGGCUUGGCCCUUAAUUUAUAUAAUGAGCCCGAUUUUUGGACUCGGGCUGCUUCCUGUGAUACGGAAGUUAUUUUACUUGCUGGUCAGAUAAUGUUAUUAUAGACAUAUUUUAUUGACUUAUUGCCAAGUCUCACUGGCUUGCAGUUUUCAGUUUUUCCCAGCUAGGCACAGAAUAUUCUAAUGGAUCGUUCUUAUCCAAACACAACACAAUGCACACUGCUUUCAACACGUUUUACCUUUCAAAAGCUGACAAGUGUUUGUAUUUAAUACGCUUCUUUCAAGAGAGAAUCUGAUUUGUACAUUUUGUGUAAAGAAACCAUAUAUUAUAUUACCUCAAGAGUGGUAGCUAUUAUCGAUUAAUAUAUUUAGCAGAGUUUUACCAAUGUAGUCACAGAAAAGCCUUAUUAAUUAAAAACUAUUUUACGGAGAGAAUGUGCUACUAAAAUUGGCUAAGUGGGUUUGGGGGCGUUUUGCUACAGUCUAAGAUGUUAAUUCAAGGGACCAUUUCCAACUAAGAGAGGUGUCAGUCGUAAAGAGAGUUAGUUAAAAAACAAACAAACAAACAAACAAACAAACAAAAAACAAA